CUGUUGCGCUAGUGGGUGGAGGCAAUGCGGAAGGAUGGAGAUGAAGCCGAGUUUGUACUUUAGAAAGCGCUGUCUUAACGGAGAAACCCGUUAAAACAACAACGAAUUUAUAUUCUUUAUAAUUAACCAUUUAGUUUACAACACGCCGUCUUUAAAAAAAAAAAAAUGGACAAAAGGCAUUUUGUUCAGACGAAUCACUAAACCAAGGAGUACCGGUGGAGAACUCGGUUAUGCAGUUUUCUUCUUGAACAAUUUGAAGAGACUGGCUGGGCGGUUCCGCAGGAAUUAAAAUGCCUGGACGUAAUAAUAAUAAUAAUAAUAAUUCUGAGGACAACGUGUUUAUGAUUUCACUGUGGCUGGGGCUGGCCUUGUUUAUUGGCAGUGUGUCUGGAGAAUGUGACUACCCUCCAGAUUAUCCCAAUGCCGUACUGAAAGAAGAACAUCAAACUCAAGGACCACCUGACUUUGUAGAGGGGUUUAAAAUCACUUAUACAUGUCAGAGUGGGUAUGUACCGAACGGUGGAUCUCCAAAAAUCACUUGUACCAGUUCACAGUGGUCACCUCUGACCUUGGUGUGUGAACGCCGAUCAUGUGGAAAUCCAGGAGAGAUACUUAAUGGAUACUUUAAUACUGAUGAGGGUGUUCUUUUUGGAGACAAGGCUUAUGCUGUUUGUAAUGAAGGAUACCAGUUGGCAGGCAAUGGUGUCAGAAACUGUCGCGCUACUGGCUGGGACGGUGCCAUUCCUAUAUGUGAAAGUGUAAAGUGUCCAAACCCUCCAUCGAUUGUAAAUGGUGAAAUCACAAACCCACCUCAGGGAACUGUCACGUUUGGCACGUCAUUUACCUACAUGUGUAGUAAAGGGGUUCUGGUGGGUAAUAGGGAGCUUGUUUGCACCAAAUAUGGAAACUACAGUAGUGAUCCUCCAACAUGUAAAGAUCACAAAGGCUGCCCUUCUGUUCAAGUGGAAAAUGCCGUUAAGACAGCUGGAUUUGGACCAGUUUAUAAAUAUAAGGAUUCCAUUACCUUUGCUUGUAAUCCUGGGUAUAUUCUUAAAGGCACUGCCACUGUUAACUGUGGAGUAAAUGAAACUUGGGAACCUCAACUUCCGACUUGUGAAAAAGCUCCAACCACACCAACAAUAACCACCACAAGCACACAAGUGCCUCCAGCGCCCUCUCCUGAUGACAAGAAUGAGCCUCAAGGAGGAUGUGGUAAAACAUGUGGAAAUCCUCUUCUCCUCCUCGCAGUGCUGCUGCUUAUUAAAUUAAUGCUGUUCAGCUGAAUAGGAUUCUGUGGUGUGCAUCAGUACAGACACUAUGACCUGCUUUUAAUUGUAUUUCACUGAAAAGUAAAUUGUGUGCACAACUAACUUUCAGCAGGACAGUAAGUAGGGGCUGAAGUUUGAAAUAAAUAGUUUAGUAGCUCUUGCAUGUGAUACCAUCUGAAGAUGUUUGUUUUUAUAUAUAUAUAUAAUAUAAUGUAGAAUUCCCAUCAGUGUUACU